AUGAUUCCUUCCUCCACUUCUUCUUCCUCUACAAAUUCAUCAUCAGCAACACCAUUGUUGUUGACGCCAUCAUCAUCCAAUCCUCAUACAACCACCACCAUCAAUAGCAAUGGAACAACCAUCAUGACGACGAGUAGCUCCAUCCCCACAGGUACUAGUAAUAACACAACAACCACUACUCCAUCAACGGCCAUCAAUAUUGGAACUUCACUGUUGACAGUUAGCAAUUCUUCUAAUAAUAAUAAUAAUAACACCAUUUCAAUGUACAGCACAAUAGCACAAUCUCCUCCGAGCAAUACCAAUUCACCCAUUCAUCAUUUGGCAUCAUCUUCGAAUAAUCCAUUCAAUGCAACGACCAAUGCUACUAGUAGCAGUAGUAACAGCAGUAAUAAUAAUAAUAAUACGACCAAUUCCACAACUAUUAUGAAUAAUAAUUUCAUGAAUGGAACUCCAACGACAUUAGGUCUUCCCAAUUCUGGAAGUAUUUUUAAACCAUCCUCGACAUCACUCGUUUCAACAGCAACAGGAGAAAACACAGUGAUUACAACUACGAGAGAAGAACAAUCAAUUUAUGGACACUAUACAAAAAUUGUCGAUAAAUCUGAAACACAACGAACAGUGACAUAUGCCAAUGUCUUUAGAUUGGCAACUGAUUUUGGAUUUUUAAUUGAUAAUGAAGAGCUCAGUGAUUGUCAACUUCGAGUGGGAAGUGGAAAAAAUCAAAGGACUUUUCAUUGUCACAAAGUGAUUUUAUGUCAACGAUCAGAAUAUUUUAGAAACAUGUUUUUGGUACAUCGUGGCAUGUUUUUAGAAUCUGCUUCUACACCAGUUUCUGGAGCUACAAAUUUACCUUUUUCUGAUAAGAGCGGAGAAGUGUUAACAAACUCAUUCGGAACGAGAAUAUCAGUGGUUGAAAAACCAAAUAUUGCACCAGCUGUCUUUGAAAAAGUUUUACAAUAUAUUUACACUGGAAGAGUGACAUUUACCACAAAACUAAAACAUAGAAAAAUUAAGGACAAAACGGUACAUGUGGCACAAAUGCAAAGUCCUGAUGACAUUGACAAUGUAAUUUCCAUGUGUAUGCAUGUAUUGGCUGCUGCUGACGAACUAAUUCUACUUGAGCUUAAGAGUUUCUGUGUGGAUUAUGUAAAACAAUAUAUUGAUUCUGAGUCUGCCAUUGUACUUUUAGAUUUAGCUCUCAAAUACGGAUCUGAGGACUUGAUUGAGAGUUGUUUUGAUUUUAUCAAACAUAACGCUCGUGAAGUCAUUGCAAGUGAAUCAUUACCUUUUGUCUCGCAUUUAACCAUGAAAGUUUUCUUGGAAAGCGAAUAUUUAGCUGUUGACGAAAUUGAACUAUUUCGAGCAUUACUUCGAUGGGGAAUGUCACAAAUAGAAAAUUCAGAUGAUACAGGAUUACUUGCCACUGAAGAAGAUAUUUCAGAUGACGAAGAAGUUGAAGAUAUUCUUAUUGAUGAGGAAACCAAAGAACAAACAGUCACGCAUGUGGUUGAUAUGAAAGACUUGAAAGACCUCUUAUGUGAACCUCCAGAAGAAGAGGAACUCAUCUUUAGAAAGAAACAGUUGGCAAUGAACCGAAAGCGUCUACUCAUGAAUGAUUACAAUGAAGCGGAUGACUCAGAGUCAGACACACCAUUUGCAGUUGUGAAAAAUCCACUACGAGACGAUGUUAGUUUACACACUAAAUUUUCAUUGGAUCCAGUACCACAAAAUAGACAUCAUACCGAUCUCAUUCAACUGGCCAAUAGACUUGCUGAUGAAGAUAAAGAUCUCAUUAGGCAAGUGGUGCGAGAUUUAAUUCCAUGCAUUCGAUUUCCUCUCAUGACAGCUCAUCAAUUAACAGAUGUUGUUGAAAUAUUUGGAAUUGUUGAUGAUAGUUUAUUGUUGGAAGCUUAUCGACAUGUGUGUGCUCCAGAUCGAACACUACCAAGUACCUGUAAAAGAGCUCAAAAGAGAAAAGGAGCCUCUGACAAUGAACAAUCACACUUUAGUGGUUCCACCAUUUUGAAAUCAAAGAAUCGACAAGAAGUGAUCAAAAUGUGUGGUGAAACAAGCAUUACCAAGGGUAAAAUGUGGACAUUGGCAUUUAAGGCUUCCAAAGAUGGUUUUGAUAGUAGUGUCUUUCAUCAGAAAUGUGAUACGAGAGGACCUUCAGUGUUGGUAUGUCGAACGACAGAAGGUUACAUUUUUGGAGGUUACAACUCGGUGGAAUGGAAUAGUAGCAAUCAAUGGCUCAAAGCCAAUGACACGUUCCUAUUUAGCUUGGUCAAUCCUUACAACGAUGGACCUCGUAAAUUGAAAGUGAAAAAUCCACAAAGAGCCAUCUAUUGUCAUGCCAGUAGUGGUCCAAGUUUUGGAGGUGGUACCAAUCUUGUAUUCGAUCCGUAUGAUUUGUAUCUCGAUAGUUCAUUGAAACGAGGACACACCAAUGUCGGUGGUGCUUAUUCUACUUUCAGAGGUGGAUUUAGAAGUGAUGAAGCACAAAAGAGUUUAGCAGGUUCAUUGAAUGCAUGGAUUUUGAACGAAGUCGAAGUUUUCUUACUUCAAUAA